AUGACAGGUCAAGCGGAAAUCCCGCCCUUUGCGCAAGCGGCAGCUGGUGCAGCGGGGUCCAUUGUAUCCAACACCAUCGUCUAUCCCUUGGACCUCAUUUCCACCAGGGUACAGACGUCGGGUUCCAAGGCCCAGGCUAAAUCGCCCCUAGCGGCCAUUUCGGAGGUGGUGAAGAAAAAGGGCAUCAGUGGCCUCUACCAGGGACUGGGGACGGACAACCUUUCCAAUACACUCUCCAACUUUCUCUUCUUCUUCUUCCGAGCAGCAAUCGUUGAGCGUAUUCACGCCCGUUCCGCCUCUUCAGCUUCAUCAGCAGCAACAGCCAGCAACAGCAGUAGCAGCAGCAGCAGUAGUAGUAAGCGCAAAGGACCUCCACCGCUUACGCCUGGAGAGGAUCUAGCAGCGGGUGCUCUAGCGGGUGUAUUCUCGAGGGCAUUGACAACUCCGUUGAGCAAUGUGACUGUGAGGAAGCAGACGCAUAGCAGUAGUAGUAAGGGGAGCGCAAAAGGAAAAGGAAAGGAAAAGGAAAGGGGGAAGGGAAAGGACGGGGAUGCAAUGGAAGACGAUUCUUCCUCGGAUGAGGAGACUACGUUCGAGGACGAGCCUUCCAUCAUGGAUGUGAUUAAUGAGAUUCUCAACGAUAAAGGCAUCGCAGGUCUUUGGUCCGGCUUCGAGACUGCCAUCCUCCUCUCCACCACUCCCGCCCUCACCUUCUACCUAACAAACAUCUACACCCGUCUCCUCUUCUCCUCACGUCGCCCUUCCUCCUCAUCCUCCUCAGGCUCCAGCAAAGGGGGCGAACCCAUCCAAACGCCCCUCCAAAUCUUCCUCUCCUCAGCCCUAGGAAAUGCCACUUCUACCAGUCUCCUCUACCCUCUCAUCCUAGCCAAGACACUCCUGCAAUACCGCUCUCCACGUACUGGACGUAGGACCUAUCGCAACUUGGGGGAUGUACUGAUUAAAGUCGGGAGGGGGAAAAAGGGAGUGGCGGGAUUGUAUCAGGGAUUGGAGAGUCAGUUGAUCAAGGGUGUGAUUAGUCAUGGGGUUACUAUGCUUGUCAAGUCGAGGGUGGAGCUGGGAUUUGUGUGGCUUUACCUCUGGAUGAAGGGGAGGAAGUGA